UCUCCCUUGUAUCUCAGCAUGGAUGAUCAAGGGUGUCCAAGAUGUAAAACAACUAAAUACAGAAAUCCUUCAUUGAAAUUGCUUGUUAAUAUAUGUGGACACUCAUUAUGUGAAAGCUGUGUAGACUUGCUCUUCAUUAAAGGUUCUGGGGCUUGUCCUGAAUGUGGUACGGCAUUACGAAGAAGCAAUUUUAGACUUCAACUCUUUGAAGAUCCUUAUAUAGAAAAGGAAGUAGACAUUCGAAAAAAGAUUUUGAGAGACUUCAACAAAAAGGAAGAUGAUUUUAAUAGCCUGAAUGAAUACAAUGACUACUUAGAGAUGAUUGAAACUAUUGUAUAUAAUUUAGCCAACAAUAUUGAUGUUGAAGAGACAAGGAAAAUGAUAGAUCAAUACAAGAAAGAAAAUAAAGAGCAGAUUAGUAAAGGGAGAGCAAAAAUAAGCAAAGAUGAAGAGUACUUAGAGAUGUUGAUUGGUCAAGAAAAACAAGAUUCAGAAAUCAGAAGACAGAUAGAAGAAGAGGAUGAAAAAAGACAUAAAAACAUUAAAUUAAAAAAUAAAGAGGCUUUGAUUGAUGAAUUGAUGUUUUCUGACAUGUCAGCAAAAGACAUUAUUGCCAUUCACAAGCAUGACCAAGAAAAAGAAGAUAUAGAAAUAGAAUCUAGUCUACCUCAACAACCUGCCACCCAGUUCUCUACGGGAAUUAGACUGGGUGCUCAAAAUGCAUUUUUACCUGUGCCAGAUGAAAAAAUAGAAAUUUACAAAUACUCACCAAUACAUGUAGACUUGUGUGGUCCAGAACUUCAAGAAGAAGAACAAUUACUAUCACUUGGAUAUAUGCGUAAUGUGAGAGUAACAUCAGAUUCAGAGAAGGCUGGUGGUUUUGAUACUAAAUUUUCCUGCCAAAGAGCAUUACAGGAUGCCUUCUGUGGACUCUUCUAUUUCCCUGUAGCUCCUCAGAUGGACCAAAGCUGAUAGAGGAUUCACCUUGAACACAUUAAAAUGUACUGUUUGACAGUUCACAAUGUCCUAAGUGUCAAAGAAUGAUUACAUGUGAUUGGCAAGUAAAUUAUAGGCCAUCUGAAUGUUAUAUACUGAUCAUCAGCAAAAAAUGGAUGUGAAAAAUCAUUAUGCAAGAAAAAAAAAUAUGUUUGUGUUCACUUGUUUGUAAAAUCCUAGAUUUGAAAAGUCUACAUGGGUGAAUUUAAAUGAAACUGCUGAAUUAGACAGUCUGAUAUGAAUGCACAUUGUGAUGAUAAUCUGUCUUAUAUUGUACAGAGAUGCAACGUGACUGAUUGAUUGUUGCUAAGCAUCUGGCUGUGUCGCUUUUAAACAGCUAUAUACAUGUCAAUGAGCAGAGAAACUAUAUGGUUGUAUUCUUAAAAUGAUGUCUUUGUCUGAUUACUAAGGCUGCAAAGUUGCAAAUAGGAAAUUGAGAGAAAUGUGCACAGAUUUAAGGUAGCUUAAUUUUCUUUUUUCAAUAAGAAAAAUUAAAGAAAUUAAUUGUUUUAGAGUUUCUUUUAUUCAUAAUUGUCAUUUCUCAUGGUUUGUAGGUAAUGGUAUUGUGUGUUGGUUCUUUGGUACAUCUUUGGUUGAAAAGGAUUACACAAAUGUGAAUUAUCAAUCAGGUUUUACUGAUUUUUAAAACUUACUUUUCGAUAACAACCUUUUAUUGCCAUCAUUGAAAUGUUCUUAAAAGUGUUAAGAUGUCAAAAAGUAGUGAAUAAAAGAAGAAAGCUGAUUAAAAAAAAAAAAAAAAACAUAAAAUAAGAUUUUAUCUGAAAAAUGAUAGAAAUGUUAUCUUAUUGGUCAAGUUUAUGUUUAUUAUCUUCAUUUAAGAUAGAAAAUUUCUCAAUGAGCUGGAUAUAGUAGUUUGUUAUAGAAACUGCUUGUAUUUUUUUCAUGUCCAAGAAAUCAUCAGUUUUUCAUGGCAACUUUAAAAAGUCAGGGGUGUUGCUGAAUAAAUAUAUAAAGUAAGAGCAAAUUGGAAUAUUGUGAUAUUCAUACAUAAUUGAGUUGAAAUACAAAAUAAAGAUAAAAACAACAUGAA